AUGAAAGUCUUCAUGAAGGCGCAAGGAGUAUGGGGUGCAGUCGAACAAAAGGAUCCCGAAGUAACCGUGGAUGAAAGAACCGUGCAGGUGGCCCUUGCUGCGAUAUAUCAAGGUCUGCCAGAGGAUAUUUUGUUGACCAUUGCUGAGAAAGAAACUGCUAAGGAAGCUUGGGAGGCCAUUAAAACGAUGUCUGUGGAAGCAGAGCGAGUGCAGGAGGCAAAGGUGCAGACGUUGAAGGGAGAGUUUGAGUCUCUUACUAUGAAGGAUACAGAGAAUAUAGAUGACUUUUACCCUGAGAAAUUUCUUCAAAUAGCCUCAAAUAUCGAGCAAUUUGGAGAUAUGAAAGUAAUGAUGGUGGAAGAAUUAGUGGGUCGACUCAAGGCUCACGAGGAAAGGAUGAAGGGCAAGUCUGAGAAUACAAGUGGGCAACUUCUUCUAACUCAAAAAUGGAAGGCAAGAGCCCAUGGAGGAUUAGAUGGCUGGAAUGGUGGACGUGACAAGAGCAAAAUAAAGUGUUAUAAUUGCAACAUCUUUGGACACUAUGCUGCAGAAUGA